AUGGUCAGCACAAUUGUGCUAUACAGGCAGGUCGGAACCGAUAAGUCGUCCCGCAGACUCUUAAGCACACCUGGAACAGAGGAUAUCCUUGUCCCACCAGAGGGAGUCCAGAGAUAUUCACUGGGAGCCACAGGGAGUGUCAGGCAAAGGUCAACAGUGAUGACCAGCACUCAAAAGUGGGCAAAUAGCAGACAGUAUGGUGAUAUCCAGGCAACCGAAGGGCAAUUUCCAGUCACGCAGAACCUUACAGUUGUUGAAGGAGGAACAAUAAACUUGACAUGCAGAGUUGAUCAAAAUGAUAACACAUCCCUCCAGUGGUCAAACCCAGCUCAACAAACGUUAUACUUUGACGACAAAAAAGCCCUAAGGGAUAACAGGAUUGAACUGGUUCGAGCUUCUUGGCAUGAACUGAGUAUCAGCAUCAGCGAUGUGUCUCUGUCAGAUGAAGGGCAAUACACCUGCUCCUUAUUCACUAUGCCUAUCAAAACCUCCAAGGCUUUUCUAACAGUUUUGGGUGUUCCAAAAAAGCCCAAACUUUCUGGACUUACUUCACCUGUCAUGGAAGGAGCUAAAAUUGAAUUGACUUGUACAACAUCUGGUAGCAAACCUGCGGCUCAAAUCAAAUGGUUUAAAAAUAAUCAAGAAAUCACAGGUGUUAAAAAUAAGCAAGAAAGUGAUGAUAAUGGGAAGACAUUUACCAUCACUAGUGUCCUGGGCUUCCAAGGGGAUCGAAAGGAUGAUGGUGCUAUUGUAAGUUGUAGGGUAGAUCACGAAUCCUUCAACUCCACACCACAGAUAGCAGAGCAGACUUUGGAAAUACAUUAUAGGCCAGUUGUUACAAUCCUACCCUCUACUCCAGUUCCUCAAGAAGGCCAGCAAUUGAUACUGAUCUGUGAAUCUAAAGGAAAACCACUACCAAAGCCUGUAUCAUGGACAAAGGAUGGCGCAGAACUUCCGGACCCUGAAAGAAUGACAGUCAAUGGCAGGGAAUUAACAAUUAGUUUUUUGAACAAAACAGACAAUGGCACGUAUCGAUGUCAAGUAAAAAAUGAUAUUGGUGAAACCAGUGCUGAAUAUAUCUUGAUAAUCAAUGACCCAAAUGCUUUGGCUGGACCAGCAUCACCUGAUCACGCUCUAAUAGGAGGAAUUGUAGCCGUAGUGGUUUUUGUAACACUGUGUUCAAUCAUUCUUCUUGGGCGUUAUUUGGCAAGACAUAAAGGGACAUAUUUAACAAAUGAAGCUAAAGGAGCGGAAGAUGCGCCGGAUGCAGACACAGCCAUUAUAAAUGCAGAAGGCAGCCAAGUUAACGCUGAGGAGAAAAAAGAAUAUUUCAUUUAAAUGCAAACCUGGUUAUUCCGAGUUUUACUUAUCAGGCUGACUGCUGGAGAAAACUGGCUAUCAUCUUUCAGAAUUUAUUUCUACCAUCUUCUGCUACAUUUAUUAACUUAUGCUAUCAAUAGCAAACGUAUGCCAACAAUCACUUGUUGACCGCACCAUAAUUUAAUUGCAAUUCACAAUGCCGGACUUUUCUUACUGCUUAAAAACAAGUAAAUUUCUUUUAUUAACAUUUAGUCAUUCAGUGCUUGAAUAUACAGCCUUAACAAGUUUUAUCAUGAUCAUACACCAUACUUUGUUUUAUAUGUUUACACAAUAUUCUUCCAAGCUGCCCUUUUAUAUCUUAGCUCUGAGAAAGAAAGAAAAAGAAAGAAAGAAAAAGAAAGAAAGAAAAAAAGAAAGAAAGAAAGAACGAACGAAAAAAACUACAAAUACUAUUUGCUACAGACUUGAUUACUUGAUUAGGUACACUAUCUUAAUAUAGCAUUCAAUGUUUCUUUGUUUAUGAAAGAUAUGUCACAACACAUCACCUUAACAUAGUACUAUUAAGUGUGUUAACUUCUCUGCUGUCAUUUGGGCAUAGCCAUAACUACAUUCCCUUGAGAUGUUAAGUAGGAAUGCAAUUUACUCUCUAAAAUAGUACUUCCACUUAUUUCUCUAGAUACUAAUGAUUGCUUAAGUUAGAAAAUAAAUCUUUGUGGGUACAAAAUGAUUUAUCAUACUGACAAUGUCCAUAUUUAUUUGCUCCAUGUAGAUUAAACAUUUUUUUUAUUUUUUAUUUUUAUUUAGAUUGGUGAUGUUAAGACAUAUUAGAUACUAGCUAGGCAUUUAAGUGUAUUGUAAAUAGUACAUACAGUAUAUUAUCAAUAUAAACCUUAUUUGAUACAUAUUUAACUUUUUUGGAUGUAAGCAAACCACAACCCCAUUUUCUAAUGCCCUUAAAUCCUUUUAGAUAUCACAUAAUUCAGUUUUAUGUGUAGUUAAUGUGUUUGAAUUUCUGUCUGUAUGUCCUAGCACUGUUCAGAAGCAAACUUUUCUAGUAUGUUUUCAUUUUUUAUGUUAUAAAAUUGAAGCACAAUUAUGGGAAGAUAUUUAAGCUAACAACCAGUACAAAGCCUCAGGUUUUUAAUUUCAGCCACAUAUGAGUGAUGUUCAUUAAUGAUUGUUAGAUUGUUAAACAAUUUGAAUACCAGAGAAGACUGCAACUGAAUACAUUACAGAGGUCUCUGUA